AUGACUACGAAAUUCGCCAACUCCCCUUCAUCUCGACCGUCGACACCAUCCUAUGUAGGCUCUCCAAGUCCGCAUGACAUCACAGUUGGGUAUAAAGUCUAUGUAGAUGUGAACAAAGAUGCUAAAGAUCAUACCGAGGCUCGUAAAGCAGAGAUAUUGUCCGUCAGGAGUAACAACGGACACACGGAAUACUAUGUCCAUUUUAUGGAAUUCAAUAAACGUCUCGACGAGUGGGUAUCGUUAAACAGGAUAGACUUUUCCAGAGAAAUUGAACGUCCGUCGUCAAAAAAACGAGCCAAAGGUAGUCUAAGAGAUACCGAUUCCCCUUCCCCGAAUCAUAAUGGCAAUCGUACUCCAAUCCCUGUUUCUAAAAAACGCAAGAUAUCCUCUCUCGAUGAUCCAUUUACGCCUCAAUCUGAGGACGCUGACGUUGAUGCAUCACCAGGUACACCUGUUCCUGCCGUAUUCUCCAAAGAACAAGAGAUUGAAAAGCUACGUCACUCUGGAUCUAUGACGCAAUCAUUCUCUGAGAUAUCUCGUGUGAAGAAUCUGGAAAGGAUACAUAUCGGGAAAUACGAUGUCGAGACGUGGUAUUUUUCGCCGUUUCCAGCCGAGUUUGCUAAUGCUUCGGUUGUUUAUAUUUGUGAAUUUUGCUUAUACCAUUUUAUAAGUGAGCGGCAGUUGAAGAGACAUUUACAAAAAUGUACAGUGUUGCAUCCUCCGGGAAAUGAAAUCUAUCGCCAGGGUGACCUGUCUUUCUUUGAGAUUGAUGGCCACAAGCAGAAAACUUAUUGUCGUAAUCUAUGUCUAUUGUCUAAAUUGUUUCUCGACCAUAAGACUUUGUAUUAUGACGUUGAUCCGUUCUUGUUUUAUAUAAUGUGCAAGAGAGAUAAUAAGGGAUGCCAUAUAAUUGGAUAUUUCUCAAAAGAGAAGGAAAGUGGCGAAGGAUAUAAUCUCGCCUGUAUUCUCACACUGCCUCAAUAUCAACGCCAAGGUUAUGGGAGAUUAUUAAUAUCAUUUUCUUAUGAACUGUCCAAGAAGGAAGGAAAAAUAGGAUCACCUGAGAAACCACUAUCUGAUCUUGGUCUUCUGUCCUAUCGAGCUUAUUGGACAGAGAUUGUCGUUGAGCUGCUUCUUGAGGUUAGGGAAGCAAAUGAGGAAAUUACCAUUGAAGAUAUAUCUAAUAGAACGAGCGUGUCACAAUCAGAUAUAUUACAAACAUUACAAACAUUAGGGGCUGUUAAACCAUACAAGGGACAACAGAUUAUUUUGUUGUCAGAAGGGCUAUUAGCCGCGUAUGAGCGGAGUAAAAGGAAGAACAAGAGAAGAAUUGAUGAGAACUGUUUACAAUGGACGCCUCCUCAGUUUACCUCUAACCAAUUGAGGUAUAUUUAA